AUGGCACAUCCUGACAAAGGCAUUGUCUUUGCGUUGACAAAGCCGAAGGUCGAAGAAAUUGCAAACUAUUUAGAGCGCCAUACGUCCAACGUGGUCGCCCGGUAUCAUAGUGGAAUGACUUUCGAUGAGCGCAAGAAUAUUUUGUCAUUGUGGAAGUCCCCUAACUGCUCGUAUAUUGUUGCGACGUGUGGAUUGGGUCAGGGUGUGGAUUACCCGAACGUUCGAACCGUACUACAUUUUGGACUAGCCCACAGCUUGACCGAUUACGCGCAGGAGACAGGUCGGUCGGGGCGUGAUGGUAAGCCAGCAAAAUGUGUCACCAUAUACAGUGAAACAUACUUCCAGCGCUUUUCGAAGCAUUUGACAGUGGGGUCAUCGAGCAAUAAGGGCGAAUAUCAAGCCCUUAGUACGCUACGGGCAUUCCUUUUAGAUAAAAUCCGCUGCAGGAGGCAACGACUACAAGAGGCAAUGGAUGGUUCGGGUUUUCCGUGCACGGUUGACGAUGUCAACGAGGUGUGCGAUGUCUGCUCUAGAGCUAUGGGAGAUGAUCAAAAUAAGAGGUGGGGACGUUGGGUUUUGCAUCUGGCGAGAACAAGUUGA